AUGAUGGAAAGGGCUCACUACGAAGUUGCAGCCGCGUGGCAGGAAGAGCAUUUGCGCAGGAAGGCAGCGGUACCAGCUUGGAAUAUAUUUAGGAGGCUUGCACUGUGGAGUAGAAGCUUCCCCGAGCUGCAAAUUGAAGCUCAUAUUCGUUACAUUGACUUGUGGAAUAAGGAUAGGUUUGGCCACCCUCUUCCAUGGGCUACGGCAGUAUUUAGGUACAAAUGCCCAGAAGGGGACGCUAGCUACGGGCUGUUGGAUCAUCUGUGUGGCUCAGUAUUCUCUGAGGAGAAAGACCCACGCGUGGGGUCGGAUGUUCAUCUUCUUUUGCAGCCGCGUCCUGGGUACAAUCAACCUCUAGAGGUUCGUGCAAGCAACUGGCAAUACAUAACGGGUGCUCUCGCAAGCCUACGUGGAGGAAGAACGAAAGACCAACAGGACCGCGAUGAAAGAUGGAUUUGGCCCAUCUCUCUUUACAGCAGAGUGGAGUCAGUCAUGCAGAUUUCCGGGAAGAUUGACGAUUGUUGGAUGAAUGAUGGCGACUGCUACUUCAGGUGGUUGCUUCGUGUGGAAUGGAGACUUUUCCGCGAAACGGUAUGUGAGCGACUCCAGCGGGAUGCCAACGCAGGCUUAGCUGAAGCAUUUAAAGCGGCAGCCUUGAAAACUGUACAAAUAAACAUAACAGGAGUGGACUUCUUCAACCAUCCACGCCCAGUUCUUUUUGGAGUUCUAGAGGAGGGAGUACUGUUGGCUAAUGCGGGGAGCGGCUUCGUAGCAUUGGAAGUUGACACUGAUCCGCGCAAUAUCGCAAACUUCGAACGAGCAAAGUCGACGUCUCAGAACAUACGAGCGGCAGGGCUUAUGCUCAAAGGCGUAAACGAACUUUUCAGCAGGGCAAAGGGAGAUUCCUAA